AGAGAAGAUGGCAUGCCAGGGGGCAGGAAUAAGAGCAUUGGGCCAGUCCAGAUAUCAGAAGAAGAGAUUGAAAGGAUCAUGUCUGGUCAGGAAUUUGAGGAAGAGGCUAAUCACUGGAACAACCAUGGUGACAGUGACCACAGUUCACCUGGGAACAGAGCUUCAGAGAACAACCAGCCCUCACCAGGCUCCACGUUGUCUUCCAGGUCUGUGGAACUGAAUGGAUUCAUGGCAUUCAGGGAGCAGUAUAUGGGGGUGUCUGUACCUCCACAUUAUCAAUAUAUACCGCACCUUUUUAGCUAUUCCGCCCACUCGCCACUUCUGCCCCCACAAGCUCGCAGCCUGGAUCCCCAGUCAUACAGUUUAAUUCACCAGUUGCUGUCAGCUGAGGACCUGGAGCCACUGGGCACACCGAUGUUAAUUGAAGAUGGGUAUGCUGUGACCCAGGCAGAGCUAUUUGCCUUGCUUUGCCGCCUGGCUGAUGAGCUGCUCUUUAGGCAAAUUGCCUGGAUCAAGAAACUGCCCUUCUUCUGUGAGCUCUCAAUCAAGGAUUACACAUGCCUUCUGAGUUCUACAUGGCAGGAACUCAUCCUGCUGUCCUCCCUCACUGUUUAUAGCAAGCAGAUUUUUGGGGAGCUGGCUGAUGUCACUGCCAAGUACUCACCCUCUGAUGAAGAGCUACACAGAUUUAGUGAUGAAGGGAUGGAGGUAAUUGAGCGGCUCAUCUACCUGUAUCACAAGUUCCAUCAGCUGAAAGUCAGCAAUGAGGAAUAUGCUUGCAUGAAAGCAAUUAACUUCCUAAAUCAAGAUAUCAGGGGUCUGACCAGUGCCUCACAGCUGGAGCAAUUGAACAAGCGAUACUGGUACAUUUGCCAGGACUUCACUGAAUAUAAAUAUACACAUCAGCCAAACCGUUUUCCUGACCUCAUGAUGUGCUUACCUGAGAUUCGAUAUAUUGCAGGGAAGAUGGUGAAUGUGCCACUGGAGCAGCUACCCCUCCUCUUUAAGGUGGUCCUGCAUUCCUGCAAGACAAGUGUGGGCAAGGAAUGACCUGUCCCCAUCGCCCCUCCUUCCCCAGGCCGCCACAAUGCCUUGGGACAGGACAGGCUCCUGAAGAAAGAGCCAAAGAGACCAAGAUGGAAGCUAUGGAGCAGCAUUUCCAGAUGCUUCCAUUACAAGAAGAGUUUUUGUUUGUCUGUUUUUUAAACCUCAUUUUUCUAUAUAUUUAUUUCACGACAGAGUUGAAUGUAUGGCCUUCAACAUGAUGCACAUGCUUUUGUGUGAAUGCAGCUGAUGCAUUUCCUUGCAGUUUACAGAAUGUGAAGAUGUUUAAUGUUACAGUGUUGUAAUUGUUAGAGAUAGUUCUUUUGUAUUUUGAGGGAGAGGGUGGGAUGGGACUGAGAUGACUAUUACCAUAAUGUUGAUAAAGACAACUACCUCAGUGGAAAGAGGACGGAUGUGGCCAUCCCUCCUUUUCCCACAUAUUCUCAGCAGACUCGUACAUUUGUCUGUAAGAGAGCAAACUGCCUUUUCCUAGCUACAGAAUUUGCUAGGUGAAAGAGCACACCAUAAAAAGGAGCAAAGUAGUGUGAAGCAGAUUAUGAAACAAAGUGGAUGAGACUUUGGGAACAGGGCAGGACACGAGUUGGCUAUCUCUUUUCUUUGGGAAGCUUGAAAAUUGAAAGAGAAGGGCACCACUCCAAACAAGUCAUCAGGGAGGAUUUCUUGUCUCAUACUCCACUGUACCCCCAGCAGCCAGUCUGCACCAUCACUUACCAGUUUCUGCCACUGCCAUCCUUUCCUCCGGGCAAAUUCUUGGCAUCAAGCAGUUCUUGGAACUUGUCUGUCAGCUCCCUUCCGACUCACAGCUCCCUAGUUUUCUUGGCUACCAAUAGAUCUUAUAAGGCCUGCCUUGCUCAGGCUCCUUGCCUUUUUUCCUUACAAAGUUGACUUCACAGUAGCCCUUUGAGAAAACAGUUGAAUAGAAUGUCAUGGUCUGAAUCCUGGUGUCCACUACUGAUUUAUUCUACCUUUAUGUUUUGUUUUUUGUUCGUUUUGUUUUUUUUUCUUUUUUUCAAAAUCCAACCAGAUUUCUAAAAGAACAAACACUCCUCUGGAGUUGUUUUUUUUUUUAAUAUUUAUUUAUUUUCCCUUUUUUGUUGUUGUUAUUGAUGUCAUCGUUGUUAAGUAGGCAGAAAUGGAGAGAGGAGGGAAAGACGGGGGAGAGAGAGACACCUGCAGACUUGCUUCACCACCUGUGAAGCGACUCCCCUGCAGGUGGGGAGCCGGGGGCUCCAACUAGGAUCCUUACACCCAUCCUUGUGCUUUGCACCACGUGUGCUUAACCCACUGCACUACCACCCAAGUUCCUCUGUCUCGCUCCACCCCUAGGACUAAAGUUUAAAACUGCAGACUCCUAUUCAAACAGUAGAAAGGGAAUUUUUCCAUCUGCUAACCAGUAUUUUUGCCCCUACACUGUACUCCACACUCUCCUAAUCUGUCCAGAAUGAGAUCAGGCUUCCUCAGAACAGUAAGUUUAAGGCCCAGAGUGGGCCAACUAUCCCAUAAGAGUAUCAAUGACCUGGCUUACCACUGCCCAGAGGGCUAGAAUCUAAAGCACCUGGAAGGAAGGGGGCGGUUAAACUACCUCAUGCUCCAAAGGGCCUGGCUGCUUCCUCUGCAUAUCCGGCCUGGAUCCCUUGUUCUUUCACUACCUGCCCCACCUAGUCCCAUGAAGUGUUUCUUACCCUCUUGGCUUUGGCCAGCAGGCAUACCAGGUAUGUGGUGUGACUUGGGAAAUCUUUGAGGUGCUUUUCCCUCCUCUGCCUUAUUAAUGUGAUUGUCUCUGCCUAUACCCAGGUUUCUGCCAUUGCCAUUGCAGCAGACAGACCACUUAGUUGAAUAUCCCUAGAUAGGGGGAGGGGUAUAGCACCUCCUUGUCUCUGCUCUCUCCCCCUAAAUCAGUCUAGAAAACUGACCCAGUGGACCCCUACAUAAUGUGCGUACUGGGUAGUCUGUGUCAGAUUGUAAUUUUUUCUUUCCGGUAAAAUGUUACGGGUACCAAUGAAGACUUUGUUCCUUGAAGGAUCUAAAACUCAGUGUUACUCCUCAGUGUCAUUUAUCCAGCUGCUUUGACGAAGAAAAGAAAGAGACGUGUUCUUCAGGAAAAAUUCCAAACAGAACCUUUUCCAUGCCAAUAGGAAGGUGUGUGUAUGGUUGUGUGCAUGCAUGUGUGCUUAUUUCUGAGUCCACAAUCUUUCUUUUCCUGUGUUUUUUUGUUUGGUUGGUGGUGGUUGUUGUUGUUUUUGUUUUUACCAAGAUCAUAUUUUUUGGCUUCAGGUCAGAGUCUGAGCCACUUUCCUCAAGAUGCAAGGAAACAUAAUAGAUUACCCUUCUUUAAGGUGGCUUCUGUGUACAACAUCUUUCCUUAGUUAGACUUCCAUCCAUCAAAUUCUUUUUAUUUUUACAUAGUUUUUUUUUUCUAUUCUAGCAUGUUGCUGAUCGUAUUGAGUGUCAGUUUGUCCUCUGAUGAGGCAAAAACAUGACUCUCCUAUGAUACCACAUUAAACAGAGCAAGUUGUUGAUUUAUGAAGUAGGGGAAAGAUUCUGCAAGUUGCUAUUGUACAGAUCCAUUUUUACAAAUGUUUGCAGCAGAUUCCGCAGAACAAAGAGCCCAUUCAUUACCGAAAGCCCUGCAGAAUCUCUGAGCCAAAUGGCCGUGUGUUCUGAGCCAGAGACUGACCUGUGGACUGCCCUUAACGUCUUCAGCACCCAGUCCUUUUAUGACCUGGGUUGUGGUUUUUGCUUUUUUUUUUUUUUUAAACAGGGUAAAGUGAAUGUGUUGCAUUGCAAACUCAGGUAUUAUGAGGAGAAGGUAGGAGUGUAGCUAGCAGUGUGGAGACAUUAGGUCAGCCACUAAAUGUAUUUGUGAAUUUGGUGUGAAGGACACAGAGAAAGGUUGGAGGAGAUGGUUUGGUGUGUGUGUUUCUUGCCUUUCUUCCCAUAAUGUUUGAUUAACAGGUAGCCUUUUUGCUAGUGGAAGAAGAAAAAGGUUAUGCAUGUUGUCUUUAAUUCCCCUCUCAUUGGUCCUCUCUCUCUGAUUCCUUGCCAUAAGAGCACUCACUUUGAGUGAGUUUUUUCACAUAAAAAUAUGACCCUAAAAGCUGUGGGAAAUGAGAAUCCUACAUUCUUACACUGUGGAAUUAUGGAAGCUUUUCUCUUCCUUUCUCUUUGAACAUUUUCUAAACUGAAGACAAAAAUUGGGAAUCUUGGAACUUCACAGACAACCCAUGCUCUGACUCCUGUAUAGACUGCUGGAGUCUUUGGCAAAGUUUGACGCUCUUGCCCUUAGCCUGGAGAAACUCCAGAGCCUGUCUCAAAGCAAUCCCCCUAGCUCAGAAGAUACCAAUCCCCAUGCCCAACUUACUAGUAAAGUGGGCACACCUUCAGGGAUUAAAGACAGCAGGGCAGGUAGUGACCACCCUGUCCUGGUUCCCAGAACCAGAGGAGGGACAGAGGGAACAUAUCUUCACUGAAAGUCAUCCACUCCAUACCAACUUGCCUUACAUCUGCUAUUGCAGGAAAGUAAGGGCCUGCUAUAGCCAAUGUCACCAGGUCCUUAAAACCUUGGGCCCUCUGAGCUAGCCGCUUUGCUCUGCUACAUCUCCUACCUUAGUUUGCUCCUUCUUGAUUUCCUGUGGACUGAGACAGAUAAUCCCAGCAUGGGCAACAUCUUAAGCUAUGUCUUUCCCGAUGGGUCAGGAAAUUGAGCAGCAGUUCCAAGUUCUUAACUCUGAACCCCAAUCUGUUUCUUUUGACCUUGUUGCUUUUUAUUUCUUUUUUCAGUUAUUUUAAGAAAACAUCCUUAUUAUUAAACUUUUAAAUUUUUUCUAUUGAUUUUAAAGCAAAAAAAAAAAAAGUUUUUUUAAAAUCCUAAACAGCCCUCCACCUACCCACUAUUCUUACUUUCCCCAACGUGACCCAUGAGAGUCACCCUGUCCUCCCCUCUGCCUUUGCAGUUGAUCAUUCCUCCCCUUUUCCUUGGCUUGAAGCAUUUAUGUCCAGUGUCUGUGAAAUGAGGUUUUAUCUGUGUCUCAGGAUGAGAAACGGCAAUCAUUCCACUAGGUGCUGGAAACUGGUUCAUCUUGAGACAAGGGUUUCUAGGGCCACAGCUCAGGGAUGUGUAUCUAAAUACAGGGUCCCCAGAAACCCCUUUCUCAGCUGCCAUAAGCAACACCUUCUUUACUGGGCUUGGAAGCCAACCCUGGACUGUUUCCUCAGAGGCAGGAACCCCAGAGAGCCUGCUGAACUUGUGAGCAAGAUGGGGCUUCCUCUCUGUCCAGACCUGGGCUGCCUUGAGACAUAAAGCUGUCUGGCUCUCCUGCAGCAUGAGCCACAGUGACCCUGCCUCUACUAGUUCAUAAGAUAUCUGGUCCCUCUGCAGUCCCCAGCUGGCCUUCUUGGUCUGCAGGCCUGCAUAGGUCACAGCCUGCUCAGGAAUCACCUGCAAGCUCAAAAGGGAGCUGUGAGCCAGGCCAGAGUUUGCUCCAAGCCCAAGAAGAAAGUUAUGUUACUGGUGGAGGUUAGUCUUCCAAAUUCUGAGCUAGCCCUACCAGCCAAAGGUUCAUCUUUUCCCUUUGGUGACCAAUGUUUUCUUUCUAUGAAAUGUCUUAUAAUAGGUGAUAAUGUUGAGUCAAAAUUUCCAUGGAAAAAAAAAAAACUACCUCUUGAGAUGACAUCCUAGUUGAUUCCUCGCUGAUGAAUCCUGUGGGAAAAGAAUAUUGUAGCUUCUGCUCUGUUUACAUGUUUCUGUUGGAAGCAAAACCCUGCCUGCCCUGGAGAGCUGGUGUUUUUGUCUGUGUUGCCAUCCCAGGCCUGUGAUAGGGACUUGUGGCUGCAUUGUAAUGUCUGGGCCACGUCUGGGGAGUCCUUCCCACCUGCCCAGCCAGGGAGCAUAGCUUUCCAUGAACACCACCUUCAGGGGCCCUGGUAGCCCAUGGACCUACUAGGCUACCACUGAACAGCUGAUCUUAGGUCCAGCUCUACCCACAGUUCUGUAUAGGAAUCAGCUAAACUGGAUGUUUCUGAGCCCUUGUCCCCAAAGGGCUGGCCAAGGGCUGCCUGUCAGCUUGGCUCCAUCAACCCUGCAUGACCAAAUUUUAGUUGGUGGGCUCUGCGGGCUACCCAGGCCCUCUGCUACCUCCCGCCCUGCCAGCUGGCAAGGGAUGGGCCCUUUUCUGUGAAUUUACUACCUGUGGAAAUGUGACCAAUUAGUGUGAAAUGCAUGUUUAGCAAGUAUUAGGUACUGUAUUUGAACCAAUAAAUGUGAAUCCUGCACAUGG